CAAACGAGAGUGAGAGAGAUAGAAACCACCGCCAAUAUGAUUACUCGAUCACUUGUUCUCAGUAGUAAAGCAAAGUUCGGUGAGACUGUUCGUUUAUCAUACAUUUGGAGCGAAACACAAACUCAAGAAGGAAAUUUUGUUUGUUUUCACAUAUAUCGUAGUUGUGAAUAAAAUUUUGUGCCUCCAAAGGAUGGCAGCCACCAAAAACGACAGCACCGAUAGUGUGCAAUUUUUCGAAGGAGUGGAGAAACUCCUUGAGAUUUGGUUCACAAGCAGCAGCAGCAUAAACAGAAAGCAGGGCGAUCUUAGGCAGAUUCCUCAAUGGAAGUGGCAAUCGUUACUAAAAAUCGUUCGUUGUGAAAUUAUCAGCAUUUGUCGCACCGAGCAUGUGGAUGCUUAUGUUCUCAGUGAAAGCAGCAUGUUCCUAUCAAAGCGUAGACUUAUCCUUAAAACAUGUGGCACAACUACCCCUCUUCAAUGUUUGGAGCCCCUUUUGGAACUUGUAAAAGAGUAUACUGGCUUUGAAGAAGUAGAGAAUGUAUUUUACUCAAGAAAAAAUUACAAGAAGCCAGAGUUACAAAUAUCCCCACAUCAAGCAUUUGAAGAAGAAGUUGCUUUGCUUGAUACAUUCUUCCCUGCUGGGGAAGCUUAUUGUUUAGGCUCUGUAGAUUCAGAUUGUUGGUAUUUAUACACUUUGAAUAAAGAGAAGUCUGUAGAUGAGCCCAUAGAACCAGAUCAAACUUUAGAGAUCCUAAUGACUCAUUUAGAUCCAGAAGUAAUGUCUCUUUUCACUAGAGAUGUAUGCUCCUCUGCAGACGAAGCAACUCAAAAAUCAGGAAUUGACAAACUUAUUCCAAACAUGAUUAUAGAUGAUUUUUUGUUUGAACCUUGUGGAUAUUCAAUGAAUGGAGUAUCUAGAAAUGGAAAUUACAUGACUAUUCAUAUUACACCAGAGCCAGAGUUUUCAUAUGUUUCAUUUGAGAGUAACAUUCCAGAAGCAUCAUAUGAGGAAAUAAUACGACGUGUUCUAAACACUUUCAAACCAAAAAAAUUUGUUGUGACCAUCUUUGCUAACAAAGAAUCAAUCGCUGCUACUUGUCCACGUGAUUUAGAGCAAACUGAUUAUCUGAAAGGUUCUGGUGAUUGGCUACGUACAGAUGUGCAAUAUUGCCGCUUCAAGAAUUAUGAUUUGACCUGUGCAUUCUAUUCAAGAUUCCCAAGCUGAGGGUUCAUGGACGCUUCAUUUGGACCUAACCAACUAGGAACUAAUGAAGCGCUUAUUAAUAAUUCUAUCCGUUUUCAAACUUCCUUUUCUUUUUCCAAUUCCAUAAAUGAGGCAAACAAACAUAAUCAGUCUAUAAAACAUAUAUUAAAAUCUGAAAAUAUUUACAAAGAACAUGAUCUUGUAUCUACUCAAUAUAUAAAACAUAAUAAUGAAACAAAUCUUAACGAGUGCA